AAUUAGUUUAUUACAGUUCUGUCUAUUCAUUGUGUAGCUACAAAUAAUUGUAAGCAUCUCUAGCGGUCCGUAGGGCCGUAUCGCUCCCGAACUCAUUGCGAGGUUACAACUUGUAAGUGCCUAGCUGGGUCGAAUUACCACCUCGAUUCGACUCGAUUCACCUCGUGGAAACACUAACUUAACUCACUAUCGAUAUCACGGUGAAACGUCACGGUAGCAAGCUACAUGCCGAAAUGUCUUGACCUCUCUAGACUACCCAAAGCCCCAGGCCUCCGUUCAAUCAACCGUCGCAAUGUAACGCCUGGCUCCCCUCUCCCAUUACUUUUCCCUGGUACUGCAUCGUACAACCCCGCCCGCGCCGUUGACCCAACGCACCCCGCCACCCGGUGGAAAGCCCACGGGUUUCCGCAUUUCUCCUGCCCUGCAUUCAUGCUACGCGCUGUACCCAAGGGUGCGCUCCUGCGCCCUGAAUUCGACAAGCGCUUGUCUCGGGUGGAGCGCUCUGCCAUGGUGCCGCGGGGGGAACGGAAGGACGGUUCCAAGAGACUAGAUAUGAGCAUAUUCUUCAUGAUUUCGAAAAAGAAUACGAAUAAAAGGGCAGUGGUGCGCAACAGGAUCGCGAUGCGCAUCAGGUCUGCCUUUGAGCUCAUUGUUACCCGAGGCGCUGAUGCUGAGCCGAAAGACAACGUCGAAGGUAGACAAGUGGGCAAGGAGCGUGGACCUGAAGAAUCCUCGAGUGUUGUCAGAAAGCCCAAGAAAAAAAUUAAUCGUUCGGGUCGCGAGUUAAAACUUGCCAGUUUGGCAUCGUCGAUCACCCCGUCUAAUCUUGGGCUGGUAUUGAAUCCUGCGCCUACCAAGCAUCUGAUCCUCCAAGACUGGACAUAUGUUAUGUCGCCUUCUCUCCUGAGUUACCGCAUGCCUCUCCCCGAUCUCAUACAACACCUCCGUGUAGGCCUCGAGAGCAUUCGAGCGCAGUCGAUGAAGCUCGAUGGGCAGUGGGCAUUAGACAAGAAACCAACGAUCAACCCACCGUUUGCGCACAUCACAAGCGAAGAACCUGAGAAGGACUGGCGGCACAUUGCAACUGACGAAGACGAUCUUCCCGUGCUAUUUGACCUCGAUAAGCCGGAGCGUGGCCUCAACAAGGCGAGAAAAUCCUUCAAUCCUCAGAAACGGCCUAUCAAGCUGUUUUUCCCAACAUCUCCAUCGUCUGGAGAGUCGCCUUCUGCCUUGAUUGGAGACGAUCAGCUUGUCACUUCUCCCAGUUCCGUUGAUACGCCUAUUCGGCCGGCCUUAACAGCAAAUGGGCCAAGUCAUCGGUCCUCCGCUUCCGAUUCUUUGAAAACCACCCUACCUGCUCCUUCCACCUUUAGAUUGGGUGCAAUGGAACGUCUUGCGGCUAUAAAGAACCAACCCCUGGCUGUACCGGGUCGUAAAGUAGAACGACGACCUUCAUAGAAUGGAGUGACGCAGAAAUUGCGGAUAUCGACAACAUGGAUUAACCAGAUUGAUACUGCCGCAUGUACACCAUAUAAAUCGCAGUCAACUUACUACGAAUAACACAACGGUGCCGAACAGACUUUGAUGACCCUUUCCUUUCCGCAAAAACAUCCCCCGCCUCAGGGUGUUACCCGGCAUACCCACAUUACCGUCUACACCUCACAAACCGUACCAUAAUACCCCCGUCGCAAGUUUUAUGCCAUCAGCAACAUAUCACACGCCUC